CUGAUUUUCCAGAUUUUUUUUUUUUAUUGGUGUAUAAAUGUGUGUCGACAGUAUUGGAAAAGAGAAAAUUUCGAAAAAAAACCCCAAAAAAAGUGCUUUAAUAGAAAAUAAGUAGAAUCGAUUUAAAGUUUCAUAAUUAUUCUCAUCUAAAAGAAAUAUUAGUAAAAAGUCGAAAUUGUCAACUAACAGAGAAAAAUUUGUGUAUGUGGUUGUUUAUUUAGAGGUUAUAAUAGAAAUUGCAAUUUGUGACACUUUUCCAUUUUGGUGCAACGGAUGGAAAAAUAAGAUUAACAUCUUUGAAUUUUAAUUAUAUAAUUAUAAAGUUAAUCAAUUAUCACGAGAUUUUUGUGUCAACAUAACCUUUAUAAUUUACACCUAUAUAAUAUAGUCUAACCGGUCAUGAUUGAUUUUAGAGAAAAUUUUUUCUAGUUUUUGAAUGUAAAAAGAUUGCAGUGAAAGAUUUCGCAUUAUUAUUAUCCAUUUUAUUUGUGUCAUUUUCUAACUGGUUCAAACACAGUUUGACAUUGUGUGAUUACGUGUGGGAAACUGAAUUAAAUGAAAAUAUUUUAUGGGAAUUCAAGGUCUGACGACUAAACUUUGUUCUUAUGACUUUUAAUCGAUAAAAAGCUGACACAAAAAUCCAGCACCAUGAGUAAUAUGCAAAAUUCAACAAUGAUGGCAGUUGCUAUUAGUGCAACUGUUGGAGUCAUAACAGCAGCAACAUUAUUUAUUUAUAAUAAAAUUAUUGAGGAAAAAAAACAACAUAAAGCAAUGGAUCAUAAAGUCGAUCAAGUCAAUCGAAAAGUCAUUGAAUUACAGGCUGAAUUAAAUGCGUUAAGAUUACAGCAGAAGCAGCAAAGGAGCAGAAGGAAAAAAGUGAUGGGAAGUCGUCAAACUUUGUCUGAAGAAAAUACUUAUAACGCCACCGAUAAUGAAACCGAUGUCGAUGCUUAUUCAAUAGCGGGCACUGAUAUUGGAGACGAUGAAUUUUUCGAUUGUUCCGACAGCGAAGGCGGUGCUGGAGAUCUCGAUAAUAGGACAGGAACAAUAAAUGGUGUGGAUUCAAUACUUGCUAAUCUCGAUGAAGACCGAAAGGAUAAAACUUUGCACACUGAGGUAUACUUUAAAUUAAAAUCGUUAGUUAAUUCUUAUCCCAAUGAUGUGGAUAUUGUUUGGAGGCUCGCAAGGUCUUGUCAUGAUUGUUCCAAUAAUGCAACUGAAUCGGAAAUUCAAAGGGAAUUUAUAUUUGAAGGCAUCGAGGCAUGUGAGUCAGCUCUAGGAAUUCCGGAUGCGGAUCUUUACAAAUGGUACGCCAUUCUCGUGGGAUCAAGAGGAAAGUUUAUGAAGACAAAAGAGAAAAUAGUCGAUGGUUAUCUUUUUGCAGAAUAUGUUGAAAAAGCAUUGGAACUUCGACCAGAUGAUAGCACUGUACAUCAUCUUUUGGGAAGGUUUAAAUUUGAAAUAUCAAAUUUAACUUGGAUCGAGAGAAAAGUUGCAUCAACAUUAUUUGCAAAGCCUCCAAAUGCCUCGUACGAAGAUGCAAUCGUACAUUUCAAGAAAGCCGAGUCAUUGGCAAAAGAGCCAUUUCUUGAGAAUAAACUUUUUCUCGGAAAAUCACAUAUCGCUCUCGGCCAAUAUAAAGAGGCUGUUGAAUAUUUAAAUGAAAUUUACGAGAUGCCAACAAGCGACGAUGAGAAAAUUUUAACCGAAGUGAAAGAACUUUUAGAUAAAUAUUCCGGCUAUUUAUUAUAGCCAUAGGGAUCAUUCCAUAUUUUAUAAAAAUAAUAUCUCAAGUCAAAGUGCAUUAUAAACGUAUAAGAGGCUUGCUGAAUUUUCGGCACACUUUGCAAGAUUCUGUAUAUGUGGAAUCUUAUUUCUUCUAUUAGUAUAUAUUCACAAAGGAUGUGAAUUUUUUUUUUUUAUGAAAAAUAUUGACUAAAUCUCGUGUUUUUGUCAAAGGAACAAUUUUUUGAAAAAAUUUAUUUUUAAUCAAAACUAUUUUUUUCCUUUACAUUUCGUCUAUGGGUUUUAUUCAUUUUCGUAAUUAAUUUUUCAAAAUUAUGUAUGUCCUUUUUAAAACAAUGUUUUUUAUUUUUAAUUUAUUUUUUUACACGUAUGACUUAAAUUUGAAUUACAAAUAAAAAAGGGGGGUGUGGUCUAGUAAAAUGGGCUCAAGGAUAAUUAGCACAAAGGUGAAAUGGUUUCUUUACCUCAUUUUAGAAUAUCUUAUACAAGUAAUAUAUAUUUUCAUCGAUGCAAACUUUCAUCUUUAUUUCCUCUCAUUUUUAAAAUGUUCAAACAAAACAAAAAUCUAGCUAGCUAAAAUUAUUGAAAUAAAACAUUUAGUGUCAAUAUGUCAAGAGUAAUUAUGAUGAAUUGUUAUAAUAAAUUUUAAAAUUCGAGGGUCUUAAAAAAUUGGAAAACAAAUUUUUUCUACGAUAGUGAGGAAAAUUGUAAUAAUCGUGAAAGUUGAUAAAAAAAAAAUAAAUAAAAUUUAUAUUAGAAUUAUCAAAAUACAUAAAUUUUAUCUUCUUUCACAAUUGUUUUUUCUACAAAUUUUUCUUGGUAAAUUUGUUUUUUCCUUUUUACAAGAAUUUUAUUCCAAUUUUUAUAAUGUAGCUCGCAUGAAUAUGGUCUCAAAUGAAAUAUUUAAUGUAAAAAGUUGUACGGAUAUAAUCUAUUUGUAAAUAAGUGGUGAAUGUCAGAAAGAGGAAAAAAAAAAAUAUAUAUAUAUAUGAUGAUGAUGAUGAAAAGAAGAAA